UUCAAUCAUUCAUUCAUACUUUAGUUUCUUUGAAGUUUUUUCUUCCCUCUAGAAAGUGCUUCCACUCUCACAGAAUCUGAAUCUCCAUAAAAAUGGCUUCAAAUUCAGAGAUACGAAUUAGAGCUGCACUCCACUCAUCUACACACAGCUAGCAGAAUCACAGAUCAAUCGAUUCAAUCAAUCAAUCACAUACACAAAUCGUUUUAUACGAAGUUACAAGCUUCUAUUUCAGCUGCUCGCUUGUUCACCUCUUUGAUCGCUGGAGAAAGAUGUGCGCUUUGUUAGUUAUGAGCUCGAUCUCUUUGUGAGUUGUUCCAUUAAAUUGUCUUCACAACUCACAAGAUACUUUUGAGGAUAUCAGAAUGAGUGAAUGACAGACAUGAUGUAGCUGCAACUCAUACAUACAAAGAAAACCUUAUACCAGGUGUCUCUUUUUGGAAGGGGCAGUUUCUAGCUAGUGUUAGUAUAUUAUCAGAUAGUGCAAAAGCUUUCCCCAUCUUUAUCAAUUGAAACUAGCUGGUGUUUUUGUUUGUAUAAAUUGAGUAUGAGAUGGUGGGUAUAAUAUAAGAAAUGAACGAGUACAGGGAAUCUGAAGGUUUUGUUUUUACCUGGAUGAGUAAAAAUCAAAUGGAAAUGGAAGAACAUCAUAUGUUCGUUAUAUCUUGCUUUGUAGCAAGCAUAAUAGGAAUAUUGACUAUAAUCUACACAGCCUGGCGGUGGAGAAGAAAUAUUAACUUAAAUUGGAUGAAAGCCAUAGCUAGAUCCAAGAAAAACCCUAAGUCAAUGAACAAAGUCCCACAGGUUCCACACACUUGGAGUAUGGAAUCUGUAACUCGAGGUAGAAAUUUGAGCUGUUGCGUAUGCUUGGAGUCCAUCUCUCCUUCACAAACUCUUGGUCCCAUGGUGGCUUCAGAUAGUUACAUCCACCACUGCAGCAUAUGUGGUGCAGCAGCUCACUUGGACUGCUCUGCUGGUGCUCAAAAGGAUUGCAAAUGUGUUUCGAUGUUUGGAUGUGGUCAAGUUUUGCAUCAAUGGGCAGUUCAGUGGACAGAGGAAACAGACCGGCCAGAUGAAUCUUCUUUCUGCAGCCACUGCGAGGAGCCGUACACUGGUUCUUUUCUUGAAGGAACACCGAUAUGGUGUUGCUUAUGGUGCCAACGCCUUGUACAUAUUGACUGCCACAGCAGUAUGAUUAAUGAAACAGGCGAUGUUUGUGAUUUGGGGCCUUUUAAAAGGCUCGUUCUUUCGCCAUUAUAUGUCAAGCAAUUGAAGAGAACUUCUUCUGGAGGGUUUCUAAGCUCCAUUACUGCUGGAGCCAAUGAGGUUGCAUCAUCUGUACGUGCCACUAUUAGAAGUCAGAGUAAGAAGCAUAGACAUGGAUCCGAGACCUUUGCUGAUACAGGUAAUGGAAGCAAUAUGAGUGAUAUGUCCGGUGACAGUGCUGCAGAUGGUAGUCAGGAAGGUAUUACUUCUAGAAUUGAAGAUUACAGCAAUAGCCAUGAAGGGAAUCAACGACAAAAUGGAGAAGCUAACAAGAUGGAAAAAAUACCCAGCUUCAAGAGAAGCUCAUCACUAAAUCAAAAGGACUCGAAUGAUUUUGUAGGCAUGAGGCAGACAUAUGAGCUAGUCGAUUUGCCUCCAGAGGCAAGGCCCUUACUAGUAUUUAUCAACAAAAAAAGUGGAGCUCAACAAGGGGAUUCGCUCAGGCAAAGAUUAAAUGUUCUUCUAAAUCCUGUACAGGUUUGUGAACUAAGCUCAACAGAGGGGCCAGAAAUUGGACUCUAUUUAUUUAGAAAGACGCGGCAUUUCCGUGUUCUGGUCUGUGGAGGAGAUGGCACUGUUGGCUGGGUUCUUGAUGCCAUAGACAAACAAAAUUUCAUCUCUCCUCCACCAGUGGCUAUCCUUCCAGCGGGAACAGGAAAUGAUUUGGCUCGGGUUCUCUUGUGGGGAGCUGGUCUAGGCUUACUUGAGAGGCAAGCCGGCCUUUACACUCUCUUGCAUGACAUAGAACAUGCUGCACUAACUGUCCUUGAUCGCUGGAAGGUAUUGAUCUCAAACCAGCAAGGGAAGCCACUUCAAUCCCCUAAGUUUAUGAACAACUAUCUUGGUGUUGGUUGUGAUGCAAAGGUUGCUCUAGAAAUCCAUAAUUUGAGAGAAGAGAACCCAGAGAAGUUCUACAAUCAGUUCAUGAAUAAAGUUCUUUAUGCUAGAGAAGGUGCUAAGAGCAUCAUGGAUCGCACAUUUGCUGACUUACCUUGGCAAGUCCGGGUGGAGGUUGAUGGUGUCGAGAUCGAGGUUCCUGAGGAUGCAGAGGGAGUCCUUGUAGCUAAUAUCGGAAGUUACAUGGGUGGUGUCGACUUGUGGCACAACGAAGAUGAUAGCUACGAUGAUUUCGACCCUCAGUCCAUGCAUGACAGAAUGCUCGAGGUCGUAAGCAUUUCAGGCAUGUGGCAUCUAGGAAAGCUGCAGGUUGGGCUUUCCCGAGCACGCCGGCUUGCACAGGGACGGUCUAUUAAGAUCCAGCUGUUUGCCGGGUUCCCUGUUCAAGUUGACGGGGAACCAUGGUUUCAACAGCCUUGUACAUUAAACAUCUCACAUCACGGACAGGCGUUUAUGUUGAAACGAGCUGCAGAGGAACCGCUCGGCCAUGCUGCUGCAAUCGUGGCCGAUGUCCUCGACAAUGCUGAGACCAAUCACAUCAUCAACGCAUCGCAAAAGCGGUCACUUCUUCAAGAAAUGGCGCUGAGGCUGUCUUAGAAAACCACCUGUAAAGUCUUCUUAUCCAUAAUAUAUUUACAUUCCACCAUUGGCUUACACUUUUAAGGUUGUAUGUAAGAUUUAUGAGAAAGAAAGCAUGAUUGCAAAGAUCUUUUAGUGA